UUCUUGAAAUAUCUAUUCGUUUUUUCUUCCUUUUUCUACUUUGUGAGAGGCUCAAUCAAACUCUCCUUUAAUUGCUUAGCUUUUAUUUCCCGUUUCGUCGGUGUUCUUUUCUUAGCUUCUUCCCAUGUUUCCUUGUUUGUUCUCUAUGAUUUCCAAGAAACAAUCAACAAUUCACAUCAUUCCAUUAAUUGAGAGAGAGAAAAACUCCAAAAGUAAAAAACCCAUUAUCAAGCCUUACAUCCUUUACAAUUCCCUUCUUCUUCUUUCUUUCAUUCUUUGGUUUCUCAUUCUCUUCCUUUGUUUCCCAAAGUCAACGCUGACAAACUCCGACAACCAAACUAACAAUUUGGUCACCACUUGCGACGGACCUCCUUAUGUCUACGUGUACGAUUUGCCACCCGAGUUUAACCUCGGCCUUCUCGAAGACUGCCGCCACCUCAGCGUCUACACCGACAUGUGUCCCCACGUGGCGAAUCGGGGCCUCGGCCGCCAAGUCUCCACCAUCUCCACGGCGGCCAAUACUUGGUUCGCCACGCAUCAGUUCAUAGCCGAGAUGAUCUUCCACGCGCGUAUGGAGAAUCACCCAUGUCGCACACGCGAUCCCAACAUUGCUGAUUUAUUCUACAUUCCCUUCUACGGUGGGCUCCACGCGUCCAGCAAGUUUCGUGAACCGAACAUCACGGAGCGAGACGCGCUCGCCGUUCGAUUAGUUGACUAUAUUCAAUCACAACCCACGUGGUGGAAGAAUAAGGGACGUGAUCAUUUCCUUGCACUAGGAAGAACCGCUUGGGACUUCAUGAGGAAUAAUGCAAAUGGGCCGGACUUCGGCGCGAAUUGUUUGCUGACUCUAAACGCGGUUCAAAACAUGUCGGUGCUAACUGUGGAGCGAAACCCAUGGGCCGGGUUGAACCAAUUCGGUAUACCUUACGCCUCUUAUUUCCACCCGUACACGUCGGAUGAGAUGAAGACGUGGCAAAACAAAAUGAGACAUUCGGACAGGCCCCACUUGUUUACAUUCAUCGGGGCCCCACGUAAGGGGUUGGAGAAAGCUGCGAUACGAAACGACAUUAUUCAACAAUGCGACAUGUCGUCCAAAUGCAAACUGGUGAACUGCCGUGGGGAGCAGGGGAAGGAAUGUUACGAUCCAGGGCAGGUUUUGAGAAUAAUGAGCGAAUCCGAGUUUUGUCUGCAGGCGCCGGGGGACUCGUUCACACGGCGCUCGACGUUUGAUUCGAUACUGGCGGGGUGUAUUCCGGUGUUCUUCUCGCCGCACACGGCGUAUACGCAGUACUUUUGGUACUUGCCGGAGAAGGCAAGGGAUUAUUCUGUGUACAUUGAUGAAAAAGGGGAAGAAAGGAAGAGGAUUGAGGAAGUGCUUUUGAAGAUACCGAGAGAGAAAGUGAAGAAAAUGAGGGAGAGGGUUGUGAAAUUGAUUCCGAAAUUGACGUAUAAGCACCCCAAUUCUACUGAUUUUCAUUUCAAGGAUGCCGUUGAUGUUGCCCUUGCCGCACUAUACAAGCGCGUUUCGUCUUCCGUCGGCGUGGGCGGUGGCGACGAUUUGUCCUUAUAGAAUGGUUUUGUUGUUAUUUUACUUUGUAGAAAUUGUUAUCUUUUCUCUCUUUUUUCGGUGUAUUUACAAACCGGAGAUUGCUAACAAUAAUAAUUCCUUAUAAAAUCUGAUACUUUUAUGUGUGGGUUUAUUCAAAUUUGAAUCUCCACUGGGUUCAUUUUGACAUCUUAAUUUUAUAAUAAUUUUAAAUAGUCAA